UGAUAUAAAAAAUGCACUGUUUUGUUUUCCGUGCUUAAUUUUCGGUGGGGAUAAACCAUGGACAAUAUACGGUGUGAAGGAUUUAAGUCAUUUAAAUCAGAGCAUCAAGAGACAUGAAAUAACAAAAAAACAUUUGUCGAAUGAGAUUAACUUGGCCCUAUUAGAUAAAAUAAACAUAAGAAGUCAGUUAGAUUCUGCAUAUUGGGAUAAUAUACGGCAACACAAUGAACAGGUAACGAAAAAUCGUUAUGUAUUAUCUAGAAUUAUAGAUAGCAUAAAAUUUUGCGGAGCUUUCGAAUUAGCGCUUUGCAGACAUGACGAGACGGACAAUUCGGACAACCCUGGUGUGUUUCGUGCACUCAUAAAUUUUAGUGCAGAUCUUGACGACAUAUUAAAAGAACAUCUAGGAAAAACUACUAUUUUUAAAGGGACUUCGAAAGAUAUACAGAAUGAUCUUCUGCAGUGUAUGCUUGAAGUGUGCAGAAACAAAAUAGUGACUGAAAUUAAUCAGUCAAAUUAUGUUGCUGUUAUGGCAGAUGAAAUUACAGAUGUUUCUUCAAAAUUUCAAAUGGUCGUUGUCUUGCGCUACGUACACGAAGGCAGUCCUGUGGAAAGAUUUUUGGCAUUCAUCAAUCCGGAAAAGCACGAUGCUGAGUCUUUAACACAUUCUAUUCGUUCCGUACUUGAUCCAUUAUUGGAAGAAAAUUGUAAUAAGUUGAUUGCUCAAGCUUACGACGGCGCGGCUGUUAUGAGCGGUAGGCAUGCCAGUGUUUAUACAAGAAUAAGAGAAAAAUAUCCCCUGGCCUAUUUUGUGCAUUGCUACGCUCACCAGCUAAAUUUGAUAAUGUCGCAAGCAGUUUCACAAAACACGCAAGUGCGUAUUUUUUUUUCAAUCAUGGAUGACAUCGUUAAUUUCUUUUCAAAUUCUCCUCAAAGAUUGGAUAUAUUAACUGAAGUGGUGGGGAAAAGAAUACCGCGUGCCGUUCAAACUCCCUGGAACUUUAAAAGUAGCGCUGUAAAUAUAAUUUAUGAAUAUAGAACUUCUUUAAUAGAAUGUAUGCAACAAAUUCAGGAACAAUUUUCCAGUGCAAAGGCUAUCAAUCAAGCGAGUGCUAUAGAACGAUUACUUCAUGAUAAAGUGUUUCUAUUUUGGCUAAAUAUUUUUCAUAACAUUAUGCCACAUGUUGAUAUUUUGUAUAACCAGCUACAAACGAGAAUAACUGAUCCCGUAGUGAUUAAAAGUGCGAUCGAUACUUUUGAAAACUGUAUUAAUAAUGUUCGAAAAGAUAUUAAAUCUGUUAUUAAGAGAGGCGAAGAACUGUUUAAAUUCGAAUCAGAAUCUGCUCCGAAACGAAUGCGAGUUUCAGAAGAAAGUUUACGCGCAUCAGCUCUUGAGGUUUGUGAUGUUAUGAUACAAACGGCAAAAACUAGAUUUGAAUACAGUGGCCACUUGCUUGCAUCAACUUUAUUCUUUUCCGAUCACUUUGAUAAGUACUCCAAAACAUUUCCCGAUGAUGUAUUGAAGACUACAGUUGCAGCAUAUCCAGUAUUUGAAGUUGAACGUUUGCGAACUGAGUUGACUCUCAUUUAUAUGAGGCCUGAUUUUCGUGAAAUCAAUGGGGCUGUAGCUUUUUUAAAUAUGAUUAGAGGAAAUAAUUUGGAACAAACAUUUAAAGAGACCAUCAAAUUGCUGGAGAUAAUAAUAACAAUCCCAAUGUCAACGGCUGAGACGGAACGAUGCUUCUCAACUUUGAAACGAGUGAAAAACUUUUUAAGAAAUUCAGUGUGUGUGGACAGGUUAUCGGCACUUUCCAUGUUGUCUAUAGAGAAUACUUUAAUUAAAAAUGACAUUAAUUUCAAUGAAAAAGUAAUUGAAAUGUUUGCCAGUACGAAACAGUGCCGUAUUGAUUUAGUUUUCAAAAAAUAACAUUAAAAGUGAUGAGUGAUACUCUGUUACAGUGUUUUAACAUUUUUAAAUACUUGACCUCAACUUUAAAAUCUCUGGGAACCUUGACUGCAGCUUGACACUUUGAAACGGUUAACGACUGUGUCACAGACUAGUCAGAGAUGAAGAGUUCAAAAUAGUGCAAUGCUGGAACCUUUGGAGUAAUGUAUCGGAAAUCUCUACAUAUACCACAACCUUAUCGGGAAAGAUGAAAGGAAAGAAGGUAACUUCUUUGAGGUGAAAGACAAAAUUAAAAACUGUUAUUAUAAAUGAAAAGAAUCCACACUUGUGGAGUGGAACGUUGUCAUUACUUUAGGAUUUACUCGAAAAAACUAUAUCAAAACUGCUAUAUUCCCAAAUGGCAACCAAACUAACAAACCUAUUUGAGAAGCCCCAAUUACACACAACUCGUCGCAAGCCGCCUUUGGUUCAUUGCCAAGAAGCUCCAAACUUGGCCAACGAUGCCUCUCUACGUCGAAAGAAGAAAACGACCAACCAAUCCUCCUAAUUUCAUUCAGGCAGUCCCCAGUAUUUUUGUAUUGGGAUUGACACUUGAAGAAGGACUGCCAAGGUUCCGUGCCUCGACAGAUUGAACUGGACACUAAUUCUGCGUUCGUAUUAUGCAGAUAAACUAAAGUUUUAUCCUCACGAGAAUGCAAAGUCAAAGGUACUAUAAAGGUGGUAACGCUGGAAGUAAGG